GAGUUAAAAAAAAAUCUACUCUGUGCGCCCUAACACCUUCCCACCUCUCUGCUAAGUGCGGCUCUGUACAGACAGCGGAGGGAGAUUACUCUCUUGCCUCAUGGUCCGCCUGCUCUCUGCUCUGUCGCCGCACACCCCUCUGGCAUCGCCGUAGCCACGCCUGAUUUGCUGUAGUAGAGUGGGAAGUGGUCGCAGCGGUUGUUGCAGCAGUGGUAGCAGGGCCCUCCCUCUGUCUCUGCAGAUAAAUACUCGCAGCCUGUCUAUUCCAGGCAUGGAUGACGGUUGCACUCAGACAUGGCACUGCGACAUUACACCCUCGACAUCAGCCUCUCUACGGCAGGUAAAAAAAGAGCGCGACGAGCGGAGGAAUACAGCCGGUGCAUUCAGGUUACAUUCACUGCAUCAGGGCUGCAUGCUAGCUAGCUGGCUAGCCUGCUAACAUCAACCUGCUGCCCUUCAAAAUAGCGACAGUAAAUCGAUUUGGAGUAAACAUAGCUGUUGACUAAUUAAACAUGUUUAUUUUGUGACAAGGGCUGGUGUAAAGCUUAAAAUUAAUGUGCUUAAAAUAUCUCAUUUUACUGCCAUUUGCGUAGUUAUGUGUUGUUAGAGGUUACACUUUUUUAACUUGUCUGUUCAGUCAUUGCAGUGGAGAGCGGCUCCAAACCUCCUAGGCUAACAAUGCCAAUACAGUUUUAUUCGUUAAGUUGUCGCACAGGAAGUGGCGUAUGUCCGCCAUUUUUGUAGUUUUCCCCCUCAAUAUAAGAUAAACCAUUUUUCAGCCCACGGUGGGGAAAUUUGCAAUGUUAAGAGCAGCAAAAGAUCUGCAUAGCAACGUAGAACAAUAAGUACACAGUGCACAGAUGAUUUUAAAGAAGUUAAUUUAGACCUGUACAAAAUAUGAUAUACAAAAAAGAAAGAAAAACUGUAAGCAACAACCACAAAAAACUAAAAGUGUACAAAAAAUAAACUAGACAUGUUAUUGCAAAUUAUUUGUGUUAUUAUAGUUGAGAAAAAUGUAGGUUUUUUGCAGUUGUGAUAAAUAUCUGGCCUGUCAAUAUUGCACAUAGAGGUAACAUUAUGAUAUUGCCUGUUAGUUGUCUGUGCAAUAUUCUGUUUAACUGUGCAAUUAUACUGUACAAGAACUUAAUUACUAUACUGUCUAUUACACUGUGCAAUAUCCUACAUUUCAAAGCCAUAAACUGGUUUUGUAUAUGCUCUCUCUCACUUUCUGUGCUUGAACAUAACGUAUUUCUUGAACACUCUGCACUUUGUAAAUAGCUCCAUUUCUAAUAUUCUGCACUUAGUCAUAGCUAUUGUAAUUUGUUAUUGAUCCUAAUUUUAUUCAUACUAUUAUCCUUCUAUUAACAUUUGUAUUUUCAAGAGCAAGUGUAAUGACCAAAUUUCCCCUGGGAAAAAAAUGUGUGCUUAUUCUGAAUCUGUUUAAAACCAAAAAUUAUUAUCAUUUUCAAAAGUUGUUUACAAUUUUAAGAAUAAGCUUAGUCUUAAAAACACCAGCAGCAUAAUAAUUACAGGAAAAUUCCCCCAGCUGUCAGUCAAACUGUGCAAUAGUGAAGUCUAUUACCCUACAUUACAUGUAACAAUGUACAGCACAAUCCAAACACGUAUUGCAUGGUUUAUUAAUUUCAAAAGUGUGUGCUAACUGUUGCUAUGGAUAGAUAUAGUUCACUAAAACAUUCAUUGUUUGUCUACCCAGUAAUUUACUGUUGGGUAACAAUAUAAAUAAUACAGAAAAUUCAAUGUCCUGUUACAGUAUUUUUUUCUGAAAUUAAGUGUUACAUUGCAGAACAAGAUUACGUUACAGUACACCAUAUUGUCAAUUUAAUACAUUUAAGUUAAGUCAAAACCAGCCACACAAUUUAAAGGCUAAUUACGUACAAAUCUAUCUGAAGGACAGCUGUAAUCAUUCAGUCAUGAUAAAUAAAAUGCUAUGACAUCGCCAGAGUCUAUUAUCACUGGAGCUUAUAGCUGUUACAUUACAAUACUCACAAAAGAAUUAUACAUUUCACCCAAGUAAAAGUCCUGAGCACUUGUUUCAUCAAAGAUGGAGAUUGUUUUAUUUAUCCUUGUUUUAUUCUCUGUUUUUUCCAGUUGACACUGCUUCUACAGUUCCUGGUCUACUGGCCAUAUUUCAUGAGCAGGAAAUGACAGAGACUGUCCAUGACACAGAUGGGCAUGGAUACCUUGCUACAUUUGUUGGAAAGAAUGGCAGGUAGGACUUAUGUUUUGGUACCAAUACUGUUAUUUCAAUAGUAUUCUCUUCGGCCUGCAAAGAUUUAAAGAAAUAAGUGCCUGAUUUUUACAGAAGUAUAUGUAUGUAUGUGUUUGUGUGUGGGCACAUGUGUUUGAACAUUUAUAGUGUUGGGGUCUAUUGUUAUGUAAAGUAUAACAAAUAAAAAUGCUUUACAAAACUGAAAAAGAAAAAAGCUGUAUUUAUACCAUAGUCCACCAUGUAGUUGAAAGCAGGGCUCCUCCAGAAUAAUUGGUAGGCGAUAAACACACUGUGUUUCUUCUUUAAAAGAUUUAACCAGAAUCCAGAUCUGCUUUCCAAACUGUAUUUGUCUCAUAUCCAAAUAGCACAGAUUUAUUCAACUUGAACCGCUGCUGUGUUACCCCAUUGUUCUUCUGUGCAGCCGGUUGAAUCCGUAUAAACUGGCUGUGAUCAGAAUAUGGUUUUAUGUUUAUUUUUUAACAAAAUUCUGACAGAAUGAGGCCAAUUAUUAAAUACUCACAGUAAGCAGGUGUGAUUACUGAUGAUUUAAUUCCAUCUUCUGUAAGAUUUAGUAGCAUUAAAUGAUUUGCAAAUUUCUCUUUGACCCAAUGGUCUUAAAGAUAAGACUUGCAUACCUCUGAGUUUAUCCACACUUUAAUCUUUUGGGUGUUGUUCGAAAACGGCCAAAGAGGACAUGCAGCUGAAUUCAGUUCACUCACGUAACCUUCAAGUUCACCAGUGGUGUCACAUGACUAUUACUGUCAGCUGUAGUUCAGGAUAGUUUAGAUUCCAGUCUUGACAGGUUUCAGAGUUUCCUUCAAAAUGAAGCUGAAUGAAGGGGUGGGUUCAGCUUUUUGAGAAUGUUCAACACUCCUCCCCCGUUUCUAUUAUAUAUCUGUGUCUGUUAAUUCUGUUACAAGGUUUGUUUAUCAGCCGUACAUUCUAUAAAAAAAUACCAAAAUAACGACUCGUGUCAUGAAAGAAGAUUCAUUUUUUAGCAUCAGAUGUUUCACCUCAGUCAGUUUAACACACUUGCAGCAGCGCAUGUGUCAGCUGCUGAUUGUGAGACUGGAGGGGCAGAGAGCAUUGAGCGAUCUAAACACUGUUCACAGACAGACACUUUACAUGGAUUAUGAAAAAAAUUAAUGGUCAGCAAAAUACUUGGGUGUCGUAAAAAUACUUAGAGGUGUCAUCUUUGAGUGGAAAACACUGGUAUGUACUGCACAUAGAAAACAAAAUCUACCCCCCUGAAAAACGUGUUAAACCACUCUUGCUUUAUCUCUGCUGUCUGUGUCAAUGCUUACCAAUGAUCCUUUCAACACAUAGUUCUUAUGUGGUCUGGGCGGAUUUGGUGGAUUACGCAGAAGGAAAAGUGCAGUGAAUGCACUUUGGCUUUAUACUGUGCAAAUUUGGCAAAAAAAAAGCCAAUUUACCAAGAAUAAAGAGGGUCAUGUUUUGGAUAUAGAGAUACUGCGUGCUGCAUCCUUUCAUUAAGAUAGAUUUGUCACUGUGCUUUAUUGCUCUGGAUGCAUCUCUUUAGCUCUUCUCUUCUAUUCAACAGGUUUGCUAUUCUGCGUCUGCACUCCCAUGGGUUGGUCACCGUUGAUCUGCAGUGUUUUGAGGAGGAUAACAUUGCACAGCUUGACAAUGUAGGUUUAUUUAUAGAACAAUAUAUUUAUAGAAUUUAUCUACUGUUAGCCAAAACACAAGAGUCCCACUGCUCAGUUUUCAGUGUAAUGUUUCCUCAUUUUGAAGCUUUUCUAAGGAAGUGAAACUUAUUUUUGUCCCCUUUUUGAAAGUUAGCUUUACAGAUCUGUACCUCAGAAUAUUUUAAGGACAAGAUGAUAGCAGUGCUUUAAAUAGUGACUACAAAUGUGACAGACAAGUAGAAGGAGGGCGGCGACCAGCAUAAUUGCCUGAACAUACCUCUGGUGUUCAGACAUGCACACAUCUAUAGACAGCACCGUCAGAGUGAAAAAACUCAUGGAUAACAAGUAGAUACAUGCAGAAAAAGACAUGAGAUGAGUGCUGCAUUUAUGCCUGUCUAUGUGUUUUAGUGCAUUUUUAAAGGUUGUAGCUAAACUUGACUCAUCUGUUCUUCCACAGCUUUUAAAUGCACUGGAAAAGAAACUUAAGAUUCUCUUAAAAGGCAAUAUUACGAGGAUUAAAAGGUUAGUUUCUGGCGGUUUUGAACAUUUGGUGGGGGGUAAUUGGCACGUUUCCCUCAGCUUGCAUUUUGCACUUAUAUUGACACAUAUCAUUGUUUGCCAAUAUUCACUCCCAGACUCCCGGCUCUUGUUCGAGGAGCGAAAGUGGACCGAUACUGGCCCACAGCUGAUGGCAGACUGAUGGAGUACGACAUUGACCGUGUGGUUUACGAAGAAGAUUCCGCUUACCAAAAUAUAAAAAUAUUGCACUCAAAGCAGUUUGGAAAUAUCCUUGUACUCAACGGAGACGUUAGUAAGUUUAUAAGACACACAUACACACAGCAUGUUUGACAUUUUGACAAUAUGAAAUACUUUUCUUAUGAAUGAGUGCAACUACAUCCACUAUUUUCCACAAAAAAACAGAUAAUUCCACAUUUUCCAUGUGACUGUUGUACCUUGCAGAUCUGGCAGAGAGUGACUCGGCCUACACUCAAGCUAUCAUGGGUGGAGGUAAAGAGAAUUACGCUGGAAAAGAGGUGCUAAUAUUAGGAGGAGGUGACGGGGGCAUCCUCGCUGAGGUGGUCAAACAAAAACCAAAGAUGAUCACCAUGUUGGAAAUAUCCUUGACGGCUUUGCUUCUACAAAACUUUUUUUUUUAAUUCAUUAAUGCAUUGUGUCUUUGUUCUCGACUUUGAACUGAUCUGAUUUUGAUCGUCAUCUGAUCAAUGCUUCCUUAAUGAAGUUUUCACAUUGACCAGAAGGUGAUAGAUGGGUGCAAAGCACAUAUGAGAGUAACUUGUGGAAGUGUCCUUGACAGCCUGGAGGGAGACUGUUACCAAGUGAGUACUGAAUGAGUACAAAAUAAAUAUUCAUGAGCAAAUGCUGCGACUGUUUCUCCUGUACUCCACUGAAUCUUACAUCGGAGACACAGAAUUUUAAACAUGAUGGUUUUCAGGGGGCUGAGUUAAAGCCCCUGUGAGGAGCUUUUAAGUGGUUUUGAAAAACACUGAAAUAAACUCAGAUGCUUCCAUGUGAAGUCUAAAGACAGAUGAAUGCCAUACAACUUCGGUCUCUCAAACAUACUACAUGACUGAGUGGGUUUGUCAUUUCAGAGGUUAGAAAUGAAAGUGAAAAUAAUUUUGCCUCUCUCAUUUGUUACAGAUACUAGUGGAGGACUGUGUGCCGGUGCUGAAGAAGUAUGUUCAAGAGGGAAGGACAUUUGACUAUGUUAUUAAUGACCUUACUGCAGUCCCGAUAUCCACAGAGCCAGAAGAAGGUUCCCCUUUUUAUUUGUAUAUAUUUUACAUAUCAUAUAAAACACAUUUGCUUGGAUUAACCCUGAAACCUUUCUAACUUGUCGUUGUAGACUCUACAUGGGAGUUUCUGCGUCUCAUCUUAGAUCUGUCAAUUAAAGUCCUGCAUCCUGAUGGGAAAUAUUUCACACAGGUGAGCUUUUUGUCCUCUCAAUAUUUUAAAAUGUUUUUACUGGCGUCGAUAAUAUAACGCACGUCCAGCAUUUUUGAGAAGUGCUUUUAGGAUUAAACAAGUGCAGCUUUAAAUUUAAACUCUUUGUUUUUCUUGGACUCAUUUUUGGAGUCUUAUGUUAUUAUUUAGAGCUUUUCUUUUUAAAAUAGAUGUACACUGGGACUACAGUGAGAAAGGAACAGUCCAGUUAAACCAACUUUGACAAGAUUCAGAUAGAGAGAGGUUGUUAGAUUUGAUGGGGGAUUGAUCAGGGAUGUUUUUAUGCAAUAUAUGCCAACAAAGGGGAGUCACUGAUUACAUUUCAUCUUGGUUCACUUGUUCAGUUCCAGCUUGUAUCUACAACCCACACACUACACUUUGAAUCUUCUGUUAUAUUUCUUACACUAACAUAUAUUUCUGGCCACCAGGGGAACAGUGUGAAUUUGACAGAGGCACUGAGUCUGUAUGAGGAGCAGCUGGAAAAGCUCUCGUGUCCUGUGGGCUUCUCCAAAGAGGUGGUGUGUGUGCCCUCCUACCUGGAACUGUAUCCUUGAACCAAAUCCAAAAUUGUCACCGUCCAUGUGUCGUCAAAAAUAAAGCACACUGAUUCGAUUAAUGUUAAUGAAGUAAAUUGCUAGGCAAACUAACUCUUGUGGUAUGUGUUGCGUUCGCUAAUAGAGAAAAAACAAAGAGGCUUUCUGAUGGCGAAGUAAAGCACUGAGAUAUUUCUACAUCAGGCUUUCACUUGCUUUGGCUUUAAUGUCGGGGUCAAAGUUUCAUGCUCGGUGUACCUUUGUUCCUUUUUUGUCCCUUAAAGCUUUGUUUUAGCAAUUUGCCAAGUUCUUAUUCCAGCAUUUACUUUUGUGUGCAGAAUUAGUAAGGAAUCAUGAAUUUAUGCCUUCUGUGAUGUUUUGCUGUGACCAGUCCUUAACUGCAGUGUGUCAGAUGGGUUUUCUACACUGUGUGGAAGAAGUAAAGAGCUCCAGUUUUCUCUGCUUGAAUCGCCAGCAGCUGGAAUGUGAAAGCUCCUCCCGUUUUCUGCUGUAGCCUCGAAAGUGUGUUCAGACUGAACCACACAUGGAAAUUAAAGGCAUUUAAAAAGCAAAUAAAUGAAUCAACAGGGAUAUCAAGCCAAAGCUGAUAUCUGAGCUGUAAUUAGCUUUUUUUCGUGAACGAGACUGGACUGCAAAACUCUAUCAAUGUUAAAGCCAGACAAAAAAAAAAAACGUACUUUUGUGUUCAGUCUGAACACACCUUCAGAGGCACAAAGACAGUUUUAUUCUCCCCUCUCUUUUUAACCCCAUUCGACUCUGUUCUCUGCUCUGUCUCUCUGUUUUAGUUGUGUUUUAAUAUUGUUUGCUACAACUCCUCAGUUGUAUUCGAUUGUGUUACUUGAUUUGGAAUGUCCAUUUGCAUGUGUGUUGAAGGAACUGUUAGAUGUGUGAACAGUGGUUCAAUAGACUGACGAUGUGGUGUAACUCCUCUCGCAGCGGGUUUGUGUUCUCUUGUUUUCUUUACGUUUACUCUGCGCCCUGAGUUAUGAGCUCAGACGAUGUGAUGAUGAGCAAACAGCUGAACCGAGUUGCUUCUUAUGCUCUGUUUUUGUUACGGCCUCUCAAAUGUGAUUUGAUUCUUUCAGGUUGUUUCAAGGCAAUGUGACCAUGUCCAGUGAGACUCAAGAGUGUUUGAGUAUUGAGUCCACGUGUGUUUUAAAAGGGAAACGAUUCCACCACUUUAAUGCCACCUCUGUGCUUGUGCUGUUUAUAUGUUAUGUUUUAUUGGCACCUUUGGUUUCUCCUGAUAUAUUUUAAGUUUUUUAAGACUGUAUUAGGUGCAUGUAAAGGACAGUGAAUGUAGCUUGCGUAUACAGUACACAGCACGUUUACAAGUGAUAAACUCUGUGGGACUGAGUUACAUUUAUUUAUUCUAUAUGAUUUCACCAAAUGCUGUUUUGUCCCACUGAGAUGAUUUUGUGAUCACCAUAAUUAAAGUGUUUUUGGGGGACAGGUUUUCAGCUCUUUUUAAAUACAUCAGAAUAAAAGCAACUUAAGGCUAAUUUAGGCUAUUUAGAAGAAAGUAAAGAAAACAGAUUGUGGCUGUAAAAGAUCUGCACACCCAUAGCACAAAACACAUAUUUUCCUCCUUUCUUCAGGGUGUGGGCAAGUACUAACAGUGUCUUGCCUCUCCCGAAUUAUUCAGCUAGAUUUGUUGCAUGUCAAAACCAUCAAAAGGCAAUUUUUUUUUGCAGCUGAGUUGUUUUAAUUAACUGUCAUUUCCAUUAUUAGAAAGUUGGAAAGCCAACAUUUAUUUCCAACGCAUCAGGGCGUCGACGUGUUGAUUUUGGAUAACACACUUGUAACAGAGCCACCGAUUCCUUUCAAAGGAAGUAGCCUGACAAUGAAUUCAACAUGUGUGAAAAAAUCAUUUGGAAAUGUGACAUUCAAGAGCAUGGUGCAUAAAUUAUUUUAUAUAGUUACAUUAUGUACAAAUACUUCAAAAUAAGAGUCUGUUCUGUCCUUAUAUCAGGAUGCGUGCUCGUGUCUGUACUGCCUGUUGAUCUCGUUGAGGAUCACGUCUGUGCCGGGCUCCUCAUCAGCGGUGAUUGCUCUGUCAUCAAACGGGCCGUCUGAAACACAAAAAUCCUUCAGUAUUUUAAAGAUUUUUUUAAGUCAGUGGAAAACUGACGUAGAUAUGUCUUCCUAUUUCUAAUUAUACAUUCAUCGUAAUGACAUAAAUUUUCCUAUUUUUACAUGGUAGACUAAAUUGUCAAAUUGAAUGAUCAAAAUCUUAAGUAUUAAUUUUUAAGAGUCACCCAAUUUAGUUAGCCUGUGACUCUCAAACCCAUGCAGGUACAUUGACUGUGUUCACUUACUGAUGCCAUUAAGAUGCUCUGUGGAGUCAGUGACAAGGGAAGAGGAGGAGCCGGAUGAGUUUUUCGACUGGGACAACUUUGAUGAACGCUUGGAUGUCAGUCUGGUCACCGAUGACUUCUUCAUAGUCUUCUGUGUCAUGGUGCGACUCCAGUCUGCAAAAGCAGGAACGUUAAAAUGCAAACUUCUCGUCUGUAAUUCAGUUUGAUACGACAGCAUGUAUCUUUGACAGUUGUACGUUGAAGGAACAUGCAAAUAUUAGAGGCAAUAAGAGACCAUAAAGAGAAUGAAAUGCAAAAGUUGUGGAGCGGUUAACGUCUCUCACCUGAGUUCUCUGCUAGUCUCAAAGUUCCACAGCACAAGUACGUCCUCCACUGUCUCCUCACGUUUUCUUUCAGCGCACAAUAGAACACAAAUAUAAAGAAACCUACAAACCAGGAGAAAAAAGCAAGAUUUCAUUCAUAAUGUUUUGCCUCGUUAAAAUAUAGUUUCAGAUUAUGAAUAUUUGGCUGUUAUAUAUGUGGCACAGGGCAACAUUGUCCAUGUAACUCCACAGUGUGCUGAAUUUCAUCGCUAAGUUUAGGGGAGUAACUCAUGCUGGUAAAAAUAAAGUGUCUUAAACAGCCAUGUAAACAUUCAUCACAAUUUAAAGUCAACUUCGACCUACUGUACUUACACAAACAUUUUGUUAUGCAAUGCGAGAUUACUGCUGAUGUGUCCCCCCCAUGUGCUCUUACUUUGAGCUUUAUCCCCAAAUCAAGUGGUUUAGAUAAUCUGACUUAAGUGUUGGCAUGUUUACAACCCGUCGGAAGGCAUAUCUUGUCCCAUUAGAGUAUAUUGUGGUCAUAUCGCCAUGUUGCCAUAUUUUAGCAGCGUGUUUUGUAAAUGCAAUACUAACAGCACGGAUUUUGUAACUAACGUAAAAUCUCUGGGUUUUAAACUGUUUCUACUUGACUUACAUUACCAUGUGAUGAUGGGCCACCACCAUUUUAUGUAAUUUUCCCCUUAAACAUCUGUCAAUGAAUCUACCCAUUACUCAAAAAUAUUUUUAAACCAAGGGUUCAAACACAAGCUCAAAUGCACUAAAAUGAUUAAAAAAAAAUUUAAUCGACCCACGACAUGAACACCAAGUCCUAAAUUAAUUGACUCACCUUGCAGGGUGUUAAAGAUGGCAAAGAGGUACAUGAAUGGCAGGUUAACAGGACCCCAAGCGAAGAAGGCAAAGCCCCACGUGAGGCCCAGGAGGAGGGUGAUCCCCGCCACGCUGCGCACAUCUUGCAUUGUGGUACGGUGAUGUGAAUUUUGAGGGUUCUGCCUCUUUAUUCGACACAGCUGCACUAACACCACGACAAACAUGACCAGGUUGAAGAGGAAGAUGACACAGAAAUAGGCCACCACUGCCACAUAGAAGGCUAUGUCAUUCUUGAUCCAGCAGCUAUGGGAUGAAAACAAUGGAAGACAAUUAAAACUUGGUCCUUACAUGUUUUAUACUGUACUUUGGUAUUUGUGUAAUACUAAAUAGUUUGUAUCGAAUACUGUGCGCCUAAAAAUGCAAAUAUAAGUUCAUAAGGAGACUUACAAGUCAUCACUCGUGCCAUCAGAAAACCUUCCAUAGGAGACCAGACCGUAGUUAUCCUUGUCGAUGGCAAUGACAAUUAUGACCACAAUCAUUGGGACACCCCAGCCCACGAAGGAGAACUUCAGCAUGUAACGUGAUAUGUAGCUGUUGAAGACUUUCACCAGGGCCAAGUACAUAUGGACAGCCUCCAGUCCCAUCCAAGUGAAAGCAACCAGCAGGAAGUAGUGGAGGAACCAGGCAGUGGAGAUACAGAGGCCCACUGCUUCAGGAUAGAGAGCCAGCCAAGCGUCAACGAGGAAGACCAGGUUGAGCAGCAGCAGAGCCAGGCACAGCUGGAUGAGGAUUUUAGAUGGGAUGUCCUUGCGCAGCUUCCUGCAGGAUCCAAAAUAUCAACAGUUUUUUCAUAAUGAGGGUCAUGUAGAUGAAAUAUAUCCAUGUUUAGUCUAUUGUCAAGUUUGCACACUCUACAAACCUCAAUUCCAAUGAAGUGGGGAUGCUGUGUAAAAGAUUUCUUUGGACUCUACAUUGAGAAACAGUCUUGAACUGUUGGACUAUUUGCUCAUGCUUUCAUUCGUAAGUGGUGCUCAGCCCAUCCUUAUGUGUGAACAUCUGAGCCUUUCAGGAAUGCUCCUUUUUUACCCACUCAUUACACCUACCUGUUUCCAAUUUACCUGUUCACCUGUGGAAUGUCCCAAACAGGUCAUUUUUGUCCCUGUCUUUUGUUGCCCGUCUCAACUUUUUUAGACAAUAUUUGCAAACAAACAAUAAAGUUAUUCAACUUUAACAUUAAA